GAAUACAGAGAAACGCCAGCGAAGACGCACUUUCUAGUUUUCUCUAUUUCCUUUUUCCCAUCUCUUCUCUUGUCUUCCCUUUUAACAUCAACAAAAACUUUCUCAAAACCUUCCCAAAUCUGCCUCCAAUGGCGUUUCCAAUUCUGAUCCUCACCCCUCUCUUCUUCUCCCUUUUUCACCUCUUUCUCGCUGCUUUCACUCCAACUGAUAACUACCUCCUUAAUUGCGGCGCUGAUACCAACGCGUCUUUCUUCUCCAUACGCUCCUUCCUCGGCGACUCUUCACGACCUGGCUCGGCUUUUCUCUCCGCCGAUCGAUCCGUCUCACUUUCCGACCCGAACCCACCUCCGGAUUCGCCGGCUUUAUACCACACGGCUCGUGUCUUCCCCGGCGGAUCAUCUCCAUCUCCCGCCUUUAAAUUCCGCGUCACCAGCAAAGGCACUCACUUUAUCCGUCUCCAUUUCGCGCCUUUUAAAGCUCCAGGCUUUAACUUGGUGUCGGCGAAAUUCGGCGUUUUGGUUAAUGGGUUCUCUGUGAUGAACAGUUUCGCUACUAAUUCCGUCGUCGUCAAAGAAUUCAUACUGAAAAUCGAUGACACUCUUCUGGAGAUUUCGUUCACUCCCUCAAAAUCAUCUGGAUUUGGGUUCGUCAACGCUAUAGAAGUGUUCUCGGCACCUAACGAUUACAUAAUGGAUCAAGGCACUAAGCUUGUAGCCUCUGACUCCGCUCAAAUCUUCGGUAACUUGUCAUCUCAAGUUCUUGAGCCAAUACACAGAAUCAACGUCGGUGGGUUGAAAUUGACGCCGUUUAACGAUACAUUGUGGAGGACUUGGCUUGUUGAUGACAACUAUCUUAUGCUUAAAGGAGCUGCGAAACGUGCUUGGACCACUAAGCCUCCGAACUAUCAAAACGGUGGUGCGACGAGAGAGACUGCUCCGGAUAAUGUCUAUAUGACUGCACAGGAGAUGAAUCGAGAUAGUCAGGAGCUGCAGGCGAGGUUUAACAUCAGCUGGGGAUUCCCUGUUGGAUCGAAACGAGUUCUUCAUUUGGUUCGUUUGCAUUUCUGUGAUAUCGUUAGUCCAUCGCUUAAUCAGCUCUAUUUCAACGUUUUUGUUAACGAUUAUCUUGCGUAUAAAGACGUUGAUCUCUCCACGCUUAACUUCCAUGUGCUUGCAUCUCCGUUGUACAUGGAUUGUGUUGCUGAAUCUGAUCACUCUGGAAUGUUGAGGAUAAGUGUUGGACCGUCUGAUCUCAGCAAUCCGUCGAGGGCUAAUGCUUUGUUGAACGGAGUGGAGAUCAUGAGGAUUCUAAAUCCUGUGAGUUCCAAAGCGGGAGGUGGAAAGAAGAACGUUAUCUGGAUCGUUGUUAGCUCGGUGUUGGGAAGUCUUGUGCUCUUGUCUCUGCUCGUCUUGUGUGGUUUGUGCUUAUGCAGGCGCAAGAACAAUAAAACCAAGAGUUCAGAGAGCACGGGAUGGACACCUUUGAGAAGGUUCAGAGGCAGUUCCAACAGUAGAACAACUGAAGGAACUGUUAGUUCUAGUGGCUACCAAACGCUGAGAAUCUCUUUCGCUGAGAUACAAUCCGGAACCAAUAACUUUGACAGGAGUUUAGUGAUCGGAGUAGGCGGAUUUGGUAUGGUAUUUAAAGGGUCUCUCAAAGACAACACCAAAGUAGCUGUGAAGAGAGGCAUGCCCGGUUCAAGACAAGGCUUACCGGAGUUUCUCUCUGAGAUAACCAUCCUCUCCAAGAUCCGUCAUCGCCAUCUCGUUUCACUUGUUGGAUACUGCGAAGAACAAUCUGAAAUGAUUCUGGUUUAUGAGUACAUGGAUAAAGGCCCACUCAAAAGUCACUUAUACGGAUCGGCUAAUCCGCCUUUGUCUUGGAAACAACGGCUUAAGGUCUGCAUUGGUGCAGCAAGAGGCCUUCAUUAUCUUCACACUGGCUCUUCGCAAGGAAUCAUCCACCGGGACAUAAAAUCCACCAAUAUCUUACUAGAUGACAACUAUGUAGCCAAAGUUGCAGACUUUGGACUCUCGAGAUCCGGUCCUGUUCUUGAUGAGACUCAUGUGAGCACUGGAGUGAAAGGAAGCUUCGGAUAUCUUGAUCCUGAAUACUUCAGGAGACAACAGCUCACUGAUAAAUCCGAUGUUUACUCUUUUGGAGUUGUUCUGUUCGAAGUUCUUUGCGCUAGACCUGCUGUUGAUCCGUUGCUUGUGAGGGAGCAAGUGAAUUUAGCGGAAUGGGCAAUUGAGUGGCAGAAGAAAGGAAUGCUUGAUCAAAUCGUUGAUCCGAACAUUGCGGAUCAGAUCAAACCUUGCUCGUUGAAGAAGUUUGCGGAAACUGCUGAGAAAUGCUGUGCGGAUUACGGUGUGGAUAGACCUACGAUUGGUGAUGUUCUGUGGAAUUUGGAACAUGUGCUUCAGCUUCAAGAAUCCGGACCAUUGGACAAGCCUGAAGAAGUUUUUGGAGACGUUACUGGCUCGGGAACAGCUCGACAAGGUCUGUAUAGUGGCUUGAACACAGAGAGGGAUAAUGGAGAUGGAACUUCAGGUAUAAUCAAUAGUACCCAAGUGUUCUCUCAGCUGAUGACAAAAGAUGGCAGAUAAAAAAUAAAGUCAUUGCUAUAUAGGUGUUCAUUGACAAAGCAUAAACCGGGAUACCAAAUUGGUGUACCGGUAUUUAAGAUUUUGGUUUGUAUGCUUGUAUAAUCUGUUUGUAACUUGUAGAGUCUGUGUAGAAUGUAUUGGGGUUCAUUUGUUUGUAACUUUUGUAAUACGGAUGAGGCAAAAUCGGGAAAACCAACAUAUUGUUUGUGUGUCU